CUCGGAUUGCGAGCAAUCAGGUUGAGAAGAUAAUUGUAUUCUGUCAGGUAAUCCUCCAGGACAAGCUUGUCCUUCUUCCACUCUUUUGUCCUUCAUGCCACAGGCCAUUUCGUCUAGUCGUCGGUCAAGCUUGGACUCUCUAGCAGGCUCAGCAUCAGCAUCGCCAAGGUCGUCGGCCUCGCCAUAUUCACCAACUGAGAGUAUAUCCGUCCUUGAUUCAACUUCAGCGCUUGUGCUCCUUCCCAGUCAAGAUGAAGAGGAUUCUUUUGAGUUCAGCAGCGAUGAAGAACAUGAAGAACAUGACCCUCAGCUGGAGAUUGCGAAGCUCGCCAUACCUCCUCUUCCGGCUGCCACAGUCUUUUUGUACCUUCUAGCGCCAUACUUCAGGCUUGGUGCCAUGCUCGUGCCAAACGGUAUUACCUCGCUGAAGUUCGGUCUUGUAAAUCUCUUUGUUGCUGCAGCGUUAUCAGUUUUCUCUCGCAACCUAUGGUUCCUUCUGGCAAGGUACCUACGGAAGACUACCGCGGAGGAUAUUUUUAUUGAGGUGAUAGCGAAAGGUAUUAGUACGGCCAAGCGCAGACGACGUGAAAAGAUUCGACGACUACUUUUUUGCGUCACUGGGUCGUUGAGAAUCUUGAUGACAUCUAUGUAUUUACGCGCAUCUGUGGACUCCGUUUAUCCACUUCUACUUGAGGCUCUUCCUGUGCAAACUCGACUUGUCGCCACUUUAGCAUUGGGCCUGCUCAUAUUUGUUGUAUCUUUCCCCAAAUCUCUAGCGGCGAAGCAAGUGAUCUGUACCACAUGGCUAUCAGUGUUCUUGUAUACCGCAUGGUUAGUCGCUGCGCUGUAUAGCCACAUGACUGGCACCACGAUGCCAAGCCCCAUUCUGGCGCAACAUGGCGUGCUCUGGAAUGGCACCACGUCUAUCGCGUUUUCGUUCGUAACUUCGCUAACAGUUCCCCUAUCCGCUUCUUUGGUCGGGCGACCUUCUCCUCCAUCAAACAAGACGGGCGGAUGGACAUAUUUCCAGAUGCUGAGCAUCUUAUCGACAGUCAUAGCGACCCUCCUUAUAUUGCCAUCAAUUUUGACAGCCUCCUCGCCCAAUAUCCCAGGAGCACUUAGCAGCGAUACACGUAAUACUGCAGUUCACCUUCUUGGGGCAUCUUCUCUCUUAUUGUCCAUCCCUUCCGUGCUGGUCUCUAUACCUCCUCUACCAAUUCCGCUAGCCAUCCGGAGAUUUUGUAAAUUGGACCUCGGCAAGGCCAUUAUCAUAUCCGUUGUUGUAUUGCUCAGCUUAGCCCCUCCAUCAAUGGCGGCAUUCCUUAAUGAUCUCACUAUAUUUUUGGCUCUUUGUGGAAGCUAUUUCCUUCCAGCAUGGGCGCACAUUACGAUCCAUUAUUUCAGGCGGCCUAUAUCCAUUGUGAUCCCUCAUUCGGUCCCGAGCACACCACAAACUAUGCAUCCACCAUCUCCGCUACACAGUGCAGACGCCCUUCUGCAGCGCAAAGAGAGGCUGUUGCAGCGAAGGCGGCUCGGAAGACGAGUGUUAUGGGAUGUUGGCGUUUGGUUGUUAUUGAUGCCCAUCAGUGUAUUUGGGAUGGUUUGGGCGGGUGGCCGACUAAUUGGAAAAUGGUAGGUUCCGCAGCAGUGUACGAUCCCGCAGAAUAGCCUUCGCGUGUUUCCAGAAUCGAGCGUUACCCCAAAUAUUUACGGAUGUCAAACUACUGGACAUUCCGUGUUCCCCGCACCUGACCGGACAACUAUGUAGUGCUUAUUUAGAAUAGAUCAUAUGCUGCGUGGACUUGUGUUCAUUCGAUGGUUCAGUUUGUAUUUAGAAUUGAAUUACAGCCGCACAAUCAGACCAAUAUCUAUCAUUAC